AUGGAUAGGACAGAGGAAGGACACAUGACGGAACUGACAAAAAGCGGAUGCGAACCGAAGCAUGCGCGUGAGCCACGGCCAUCGGCCGACGAUAGGAAGGAUCCUCUACGAGGCUACAAGGACUACAAGUCCUACACCGCCUCCAUCAAUCAGCUGGUAAAUGUGCAGACAUUGAAGAUCCGACAGUUCCAACCUGUCAGCGUUUAUCCGGCUGAAUACCUUUCAGGAUCUUGUCAGGAAUUACCACCGCCAUCAUCAAACCCUUCGCAGGCUGCACCUUCUUCAUCGACUUCUGAGCCAUUGAUUUUUAUCCCUUACAUGCCCAACUUCAAUGUCCCAGGGCCUCAGAUGCAACCACCUACUUCAUCUAAAACGCGCACUUCUAGCAGGCGCUGCAGUGGACACGUGGGCAUGGGCACUGGGAGUGGGUCGCAGCGGGGCAGGGCAGCACCUACUGCACCUGUGCUAUCACCGCAUCAGUCACCGCAUCGACCCUUCGGUUGGCAGUACAUUGACAGGGGGUCAUACUUCUGGGUCUGGGUGUUACAGGCAUCCGUAACACCUACAGGAGCCCCUGCUCUGCCUACACUAGCCCCCGCUCUGCUAGACUCCUGA